GUUGGUCUUCCGGCUCCUGCCUGCCACCAUGCUGGGCACCCUGGCAUUGCUGCCCAUCCUCCUGGGAUGUCUCCAUGAAGCCUGGGGGCAAACCUUCCACAUGGGGAAGUGCCCAGCCCCACCCGUUCAGGAGGAGUUUGAUGUCUCCAAGUAUCUGGGGAAAUGGUACGUGAUCGAAAAGCUGCUGUCAAAUUCUGAAAAAAGCGACUGUUUCCAGACAAAUUAUUCCCGGAAGGAAAAUGGGAAGUUUAAAGUGGUGAACAAAGAACUUCUCUCGGACGGCACCAUCAACGAGGCGGAGGGGGAAGCCUGGCAAGCCGAUCCUGACCAGCCCGCCCAGCUGCACAUCAAGUUCCACUGGCUCCUGCCUGCCGCCCCCUACAAGGUCAUCUCCACGGACUACAACCACUACUCCCUGGUGUACUCCUGCCUGCCUUUCCUCUGGGUCUUCCACAUGGACGACGCCUGGAUCCUGUCCCGGACCCCCCAGCUGCACCCAGACACCGUGGAGCACCUGAAGGACAUCCUCCAGUCCUACGAGAUUGACACGGAUGGGAUGAGGCCCACCAACCAGCUGAACUGCCCCAAGGACAUGUAGCGCUGUGCCCAGCUCCCCCGCGGCCCCGCUUGCCCCUGCUGCUUCCCGGCUCUUGGAUCCCAAGCAGCGAAGCCCUUACCGACGUGGGCCGCUGCCCCCUCCUCUCUCCACCGCCCUUUGGGGACGCAGAGGUGGGAGGGUGAUUGGCUGCUGCCGUCUCCUGUAGCGCUUGAGGGCCUUUCUAGAAGCCUGCCUCUUCCCCGCAGUUGUCUUCAAGUCACUAAUUCAAGGGGAGUGCAGGGAAACUAGUCACCCCCCCCCAUCCAGCUGCUCUGGGCGAUUCCUCAACACAGAACCAGAGGACACCCUGGGAGGCGUGGCUGGGGGAGGGGCUCCACAAUUUCUUUUAAAAACCCCAUAACUGUGGCCCCCCCUUGUCUCUCCUCCCAGUUUCCCUGAGAAAACACUGCUGGGAUACCGAGGCAGGAGACUCCCAGGGUUCCUUUCCUGUGCUUUGGCCCUGGCAGGUGAGGGUGAAGAGCCCAAGAGGUGCCAGGCGUGGGGAAGUCCCUACUGCAAGCAGCACCCCAGAUUCCCCUGCCAGGAAACUUCCGGCUACUCGCUCAGAAUAAACCAAGCAGUUUGCAUGUA